AUGGCUGCCGAAAGCCUCGGACGACACUGCGUCGCAUGCCACAAGCUGAAGAAGGGAUGCGAUGGAGCGAACCCCUGUGAAUACUGCUCUCACAAGGGCAUCGCCUGCGUGGAGUACAUUCGCAAGAAAGUGAAGCGGGCGACAUUGCAGAACGAGAUGGGAGAGCACGGAGAAAUGCGAAGAAGGGGACAAGCAAACAAGAGACGAAAGACUGGUCACACCCCAGGUCGGCUGCCGCGACGACACAAGCCCGGAGAAGCAGAGGAGGUCCUUGAGGAGAACAUGCAAGAGACGCCCAUGAUCUUCGAAGAUACAAGGUGGACCUUACGCGCCAAGCUGAACUACACACAACAUGUAAAGUACAGCUGCUGCACCAAGAUCCUCACGACCCUCUGGCUCGUCGACGAGGACGGAGAAGCUGUCAAGAUCGGCGAGCUGAAAUCUGCCAUCAUCAAUAAGACAGACGACACUUGGAUCUUGGAGCUGCUCAACCCAAAGAGCUGCAGCCGGGCCCUUCUUAGCAAGCACGAGGUUGGCGGUCGCGCAAGAGUUGGUGAGAUGAGGCGUGUUUUGCAGAUGAUCUUCGAUGAGCAAGGUCAUGUCCGAGACAUCGAGGAACUGCAACGGGAUAUCUACCACUUGACUGGUGACAAGAUCCACUACGUCAGUGUCUUCAAGCUCGAACCCGCUUUGCGGAGUGCUGGCCUUGGUGUCGCGGCGAUGACACUCUAUCACAAAGCUUUGACCAGUGGACAAGGAAACCUCCCGUUCGAAGGGUACAGCGUGUUGUCUCCAGCAGCUCUGAUCGACGAGUACGAGACCUACGAGAAGAGAGUAAUUGCAGCUGGUGGCAUGCCGAAAUCAUACCUACAAGUUGAAGAUGCUCUCAUCAACUUCUACGCCAAGAUGCUGUACUACACGCUCGUUCUGGGAGACCGCAAACAAGAUGCUCGCGCUAUCACUGUUGUGGCACGACCCAUCACAGAAGAGCUCGCAAGACUGGAGCUGGAUCUGCUGAAGGAGAGGAUGAAGGCUCGGCUACCUUUACAGGACGCUGUUCUGGCCACGAGAGACGAGGAUACUUCAGUGGAACGUAUUAGACGUGCUCAUGGUCGAGUGGUGGCCAGACUGGUGAGAACAGCAGAAGCAGAGAGGCAGUACCAUGUCGAGAUGAAAGACUUCGGUGACACCGUGGACACAGUGACUAGUGCCGAUUCUUUCAAAGACAUCGACGGCGGGGCAGACGUUUCGCAACUCCAAGACCUGGUCAAUCACCUCAAGUCCGCUCGGUCAAUUUCCAUGCAGCAGAUCUUCCAACGCCUCAACCUCAGCGUAACACAAUUGAGAGACCUUCAAAACCACAUCCAGUCUGGCAGGGCACAGAGGACGGCGGCUCUCAUAAGACAGGGUAUGCUCAAGCUGAGAAGACCACCCCGCAACGCGACGACCAACAGCCAGAACCAAGAGCGUGACGCCGAGAAAGAUGCGUCCGCACAAACAUAUACCCAGUCAGACGCAGGCAGACAGAUCGCUCAAGCGCUCGAGACCUUCUCCAUGUCAACGACACCUCCUCCGAAGAUGCCCAGUGAGCGAGAGCGGGCCAGCAUGGUGUUGCAGUCGCGCACAGGAGAUGGGACUGAUGGAGAAGACAUCACGGUGGUAGAGCCAGAAGGGCAAGUAGAGGGUACCGCAGUCGUGAUUGCCGACUCAGGCACGGCUGUAGCGGAGCGCGAUACUGGGGAGCAGGGAGAGCAGAUCGACGGUCCAACUGGCGGUGUUCAGCUGGAGGAGGGUGACAAAGGCGCUUAA